AUGACAGCCGUCCGGAUCGCCUCGUCCUUGCUGCCGCUGCUACUGGCGGUGAUGAUGCAAGCCGGAGCCGGAGAGUGCGCGCGGAGGUUCCGCGGCGCCGGUGGCGGCGGCCGCAACCCGCAACCACGACGCGCGCCGCCGCCUCCCACAUACCGGGCGGCCAGCGGCAACCGGGGUGACGCCACCGAGAGUUUCCCACUGGAUUUCACCGCCGUGGAAGACAACAUGGAUAACUUCAUGACGCAAGUCAAGAAUCUGGCGCAGUCGCUCUACCCGUGUUCGGCGCAAAAACUCGACCACGACAUGAGGCUACACUUUUUGGACAACGCCUCGGUCACCUGCAACGACGGAAGCCCCGCGGGGUAUUAUCUCAAGGAAUCCAAAGGAAGCAGACGCUGGUUGAUAUUCCUUGAGGGCGGCUGGUACUGCUUCAACAAAGAGAACUGCGACAGCCGGUACGAGACCAUGAGGAGGCUGAUGAGCUCGUCUAAGUGGCCUCAAACCAAAACAGGCACCGGGAUCCUGUCUCCGCUGCCGGAAGAAAACCCUCACUGGUGGAAUGCCAACAUGGUGUACAUCCCGUACUGUUCCAGCGACGCGUGGAGCGGCGCCACUGCCAAAACGGAACACAGUGGCUACGCUUUUAUGGGCUCGCUGAUCAUUCAAGAAGUGGUGAAAGCUUUGCUAAAAAAGAGCCUGGACAACGCCAAAGUCCUGCUGCUCGCCGGGAGCAGUGCCGGCGGGACGGGCGUUCUGCUGAAUGUGGACCGUGUGUCGGAACUGCUGGAGGGUCUGGGACACACGGGGAUCCAAGUGCGCGGCCUGGCCGAUUCGGGCUGGUUCCUGGACAACAAGCAGUACGACUUCACCGACUGCUUGGACGCGGUCAGCUGCGCACCCACUGAGACCAUCAAGAGAGGCAUCAAGUACUGGGGAGGAGUCGUACCAGAGAAAUGCAAGCAAGCCCACGAAGGAGAGGAGUGGAAUUGUUUCUUUGGCUACCGAGUCUUCCCAUCGAUCAAAAGCCCGGUCUUUGUGGUCCAGUGGCUGUUUGACGAGGCCCAGCUGACAGUGGACAACAUUCAGUUGACGGGACAGCCGGUGCAGGAGGGCCAGUGGCGUUACAUCCAAAAUCUCGGCAUCGAGUUGAGGAACACCCUCAAAGAUGUUCCGGCUAUGUUUGCCCCUGCGUGCCUCUCUCACGAAGUCAUCACAAGAAACUACUGGACGGACGUGCAGGUGAAAGGCACCUCGUUGCCGCGGGCGCUGCACUGCUGGGACCGUAGCCUGCAAGACAACAGGAACAACAAAGCCCCGCCCAAAGGCUGCCCGGUGCAUUUGAUGGACAGCUGCCCGUGGCCGCACUGCAACCCCACCUGCCCCACCAUCCGAGACCAGUUCACGGGCCAGGAGAUGAACGUCAUCCAGUUCCUCAUGCACAUGGGCUUCGACGUGCAGAAGAUGGCGCAGCAGCAGGGCAUGGACCCCGGCAAGCUACUGGGCAUGCUUAGCAGCGGCAGUUAA